AUGGUUCAAGGAAAAGUCUUGGUGGUUUCAAAUAGAAUACCUGUUACAAUCAAAAGAUUGGACAAUGGUUCCUAUGAUUACUCAAUGUCCUCUGGUGGACUUGUUACGGCAUUGCAAGGUUUGAAAAAGACAACCGAGUUCCAAUGGUAUGGAUGGCCCGGAUUGGAAAUUCCUGAUGACGAACAAGCCAAAGUAAACGAAGAAUUGAAAUCCAAAUUUAAUUGUACAGCCAUAUUUUUAAGUGACACAAUUGCUGAUUUGCAUUAUAAUGGGUUCUCUAAUAGCAUCUUAUGGCCACUUUUCCAUUAUCAUCCUGGGGAAAUGAAUUUUGAUGAAAAUGCCUGGGCAGCAUACAUUGAAGCCAACAAGAAAUUUGCGUUGGAAAUAGUCAAGCAAGUCAAUGAUGAUGACAUGAUUUGGGUUCAUGAUUACCAUUUAAUGCUUUUGCCGGAAAUGUUGAGACAAGAAAUCGGUAACAAGAAGAAAAACAUCAAAAUUGGAUUCUUCUUGCAUACGCCAUUCCCAUCAUCGGAGAUUUAUCGUAUUUUGCCCGUCCGUAAAGAAAUUCUCGAAGGGGUGUUGAGUUGUGAUUUGAUUGGAUUCCACACUUAUGAUUAUGCCCGUCAUUUUAUCAGUUCUGUUUCAAGAAUUGUGCCAAAUGUCAGCACAUUACCUAAUGGUAUAAAGUACCAGGGACGUUCGAUCAGCAUUGGGGCUUUCCCCAUUGGGAUUGAUGUUGAUAACUUUAUUGACGGUUUGAAAAAAGACAGUGUUGUGGAACGUAUUAAACAAUUGAAAUCUAAAUUCAAAGACGUUAAAGUUAUUGUUGGUGUUGAUAGAUUAGACUAUAUCAAAGGUGUUCCUCAGAAAUUACAUGCAUUUGAAGUGUUUUUGAAUGAGAAUCCGGAAUGGAUUGGGAAAGUCGUUUUGGUCCAAGUUGCUGUUCCAUCUAGAGGUGAUGUUGAAGAGUAUCAAAGUUUAAGAAGUACUGUGAGUGAAUUGGUUGGAAGGAUCAAUGGUGAAUUUGGUACUGUUGAAUUCGUGCCAAUACAUUACUUGCACAAAUCCAUCCCCUUUGAUGAAUUGAUCAGUUUGUACAAUGUAAGUGAUGUUUGUUUGGUUAGUUCUACUAGAGAUGGUAUGAAUUUGGUUAGUUAUGAAUACAUUGCUUGUCAACAAGAUCGCAAGGGGGUCUUGAUCUUAUCCGAAUUUGCUGGUGCAGCACAGUCACUUAACGGUGCCUUGAUUGUUAACCCAUGGAACACUGAAGAUUUAAGUGAAGCAAUCAAAGAGAGUUUGACAUUACCAGAAGAGAAAAGGGAAUUCAAUUUCAAAAAGUUGUUCACCUAUAUUUCGAAGUAUACUUCGGGAUUUUGGGGUGAAAGUUUUGUUAAAGAAUUGUACAAAUGUAACCCACAAAAGAGUUUGAGGGACUAA